GCUGUUGGGCAGAGGACAUUGGAGGUGUCCGCGCUGCUCGGUCUGACGGAAAGAGAGCAGUAUUGGAGGGCGGGCACCCGCUGCCGCAGUGGCACCUGAGCCGGAAUACGUCACAGCCGGCGCACCAGGCAAAGCUUCUAUGAGGAUGGAGCCGUACCCCAGCUCGGGCUCGGUACUCAGUAUCGCCGACCUGAUCCGGCCAUCUCCGGCCCGCAGCGGCGGCCUCUGCCCCAGCGGACCCGCGGGAGGGGUCUGUCCGGAGCCGAGCGAGGCCCGGGUGCCGGCACUACCCGCCGAACAGCUCACACCACAGCCCGAGACACAUCUGGAGCAGUUCUCCUCAGCGGCCCGCUCCAAGGGGUACCGGCUCGAGCGGCACCUCGACGAGCUGGCAGAGCGGCGCGACGAGCGAGCCGAGUCGAGAGCCCGCGUCGAGCCGGGCGAGCGGGCCACCAGAGACGUCCCAGACAACCACGACAGUGGGAAUGGAGCCCCGACUCGCGAGCCGGCACUGCGCGAGGCAGAUGAGAACCGCGCUCUGCCCGGCUUCCGGCUCAAAGCAUCCGGCAAGAAGGCCCGCGUCGGCAAGGUGAUGCGACUGAACGUGAACGCCCGCGAGCGGCGCCGCAUGCACGACCUCAACGACGCGCUGGACGAGCUGCGCUCCGUCAUCCCGUACGCGCACUCGCCCUCCGUGCGCAAACUGAGCAAGAUCGCCACCCUGCUGCUGGGCAAAAACUACAUCAUGAUGCAGGGGAACGCCAUCGAGGAGCUACGCAGGAUUAUCGCCUACCUCAGCCACCUGACGGGCAUUCACGUGCCGACGCCGGCGAUGGCGGCGUACGACUCACUGAAUCUGCAGGGAAACCUGCAGCCGCGCGUCGGCCUCCUGCCGGCGCUGGGCGAGGACGUGAGGCCAGAGUUCAGCAUGUCACCGUCGCCGCAGGGUCUCAGCGACUGAGCCGGCUGUGGCUCAGCGAGUGAGCCGGCUGUGGCUCAGCGAAUGAGCCGCCUGUGGCUCAGUGAGUGAGCCGCAUAUGGCUCAGCGACUGAGCCGUAUGUGGCUCAGCAGCCGAGCCGGCGGUGGCCCAGCGACUGACUCGGCUGUGCGCCGUGGGGGCUCCCGGUUCAGCAACUGAGACUGAGCCGACUGUCGGUGGCAGAGACCGAGACUGAGGCGGGGUCUUUGUUGGACACGCGGUGGAGAAAGCUGUCUCCGGUGUGGGAGUCUGUCCCGCCCGCGGCAUGUGGAAAGGUAUCUGCGUGCGUGAAUAUAAAAUUGUCAAAUGAAAAGAGCUGGCGACAAAAGUCAGACUGCGUGCGACUUGUGAGUGGAAAUUAGCACAAUUGUCAGAGCCACUGAUUGGGUGUUGGAAGAAUCGACUUUGUUGUCUUGCAGCAAUCUGACAUUCUUGUUGCUAAAAUCCGGGCUAAACGAUUGCUCGGAUACAGACAACUGGAUACGUGAUGAUUUAUUGCAACUUUUAGUGAUUGCGAGUAUGGGAGCUCGAGUGAGUGUGUGUCGCUUUUGUGAAUGGUGAACGCUGCGCUGUAAUAUAUUUAUUUGUGAAUGGUGAUAGCGUUCCCUCACCCACCGAUCAUCAGUGGUUUAAUUCAUGGAGAUGUGUUACUGACGACGAGUGUGCCAACAAACUUUGGAUGGUGGCUUGUUUUUCUUCACAUCUACAUCAUUCAUUUACUA